AUGGAUAUGAAUGAUCUGAAGGGGAAGAGGCAAUGUAGCAGCAAUUGCGGGAACUUGUGUCCACCGGCAACUCCCAAAUACCAUUCACCAGUCUGUUCCCUCUCUCAAGCUGUUCUCAUGAUUCAGGGAUAUGGUCAGCAGGUUGCCGGUCACAAUUGGGCCACGUGUUGGAUCAGGUCCAAGCGUAUAGUACUUUUGCAUGACCUUAUGUGCUAA